GAUAAACCUUUUACCCACCUUUACACUUUUUAUAUAUUCAUUUAUUUUGUAAAUUACUUUUAUAAUUAAUAGUUUAUGUUUAUUUUGUUUAUUCCGGUUUUUUGUAGUUUUGUGUGUUAAAAGUUCCUUUAUUUUUUAUCAAGAGUUAGAUUCUCUUGAGUGACCAUGUCUGAUUUCAAUUGUUCUUGAUUUAUAAGUUAGGAUUCUUCUACUUUCUCAGUUAUUUUCUGUUAUCCUUAACCACUAUAGCCUUCUUCUAUCUUCCCUAAUUAUUUACCCUUGGAUUAAAGUUAUAUGAAACAGUAUUUACAUCAUUCAUGGGUUGCCCUUGGGGCUGGACUUGUUACUGUUACAGCUUUAUAUGCCCUUUCAUAUGUUCCCUGGGUCAGAACUGCUUUAACUGAACUUGGCCUAUACGGUUGUAAUCCUCUGCUUCACUGUUUUGAUUCUGUGAAGAGGAAGGUCGCUUCUACUCUUAGAAAUAAAGGAUUAUUGUUUGUAGAUGAUUUGACUAAUUCUCAGCUGAGUUGUAUUUUUGAGGUGGCUGACUUUUUCAGGAAAAAAGUUACACAAGGGUUAAAUGUCGAACUCUUGUUUGGGAAGGUUAUGACCACCUUGUUCUGUGAACCCAGUACUAGGACAAGAUGCUCAUUUGAGACUGCAAUGUUAAAGCUAGGUGGCAAGGUGGUUUCUGUGAGUGAUUCUACCUCUUCAUUUACAAAAGGCGAAACUAUUGACGACUCAGUUAGAGUUUUAUCAUCAUACAGUGACGUUCUAGUGUUACGUCACCCUGAAACUAAUGUCAUUCAACGUGUUAAACAUCACUGUCUGGUUCCUCUGAUUAACGCCGGAGACGGUUCAGGGGAACACCCAACUCAAGCACUUCUUGACCUCUACACCAUUAAUAGUUACUUUCCCUUAUUUUCUUCUGAAAAGGAGCUUACGGUUUGUUUAGUAGGGGACCUUAAAUAUGCCAGAACUACGCACUCUCUUGUAAGACUUUUAAGUCGGUUUAACGUUGUUUUGAGAUACGUCUCCACCACUUCACUUCAGAUGCCAACCCAAAUACAACGUGAAGUUGAACAAAACUUCGCCAAAUACAAUAUCCCGGACUUGGCGUUCUCAAGACAGACAAGUUUCAAAAAGCUUACUGACGCGCUUGAUAAUGUGGAUGUCGUUUAUGUCACACGGAUUCAGAGGGAACGGAUGCCACCUUCAGAACAUCCACCAAAGGAGUCUUUUAAAAUUGACAAACAUGUUAUGUCACUACUACCCAAACACGCCAAGGUAUUGCAUCCGUUGCCGAGAGUGGACGAGGUUUCUACGGAUGUUGAUUCCGAUGAGCGGUGUGUAUUCUUUGAACAGGCGGAAAACGGGCUCUACGUCCGUAUGGCCCUGCUAUAUUUGAUUUUAAACAAGGAUUGAAGUUUUAAUUUUUAAACAUUUUAAGUUUAUACAUAAUGUGUUAAACAUUUAA